GGCCGCCCGACGCGGGAGGGGCUCCUGGCUGGCAGGGAGAGUGGGCUGGCGCAGACCGAUCCUCGACGCAGCCAGCCGCAGGGAUGGCAGGCCGGCCGGGCAGAGGAAGCCACUGGGCCCGGGCUUCUCUCGCCCCUCUUUCCCCAACCUGGCGCCCUCCAGGGGUGCGCGCGCAUUCCUUGUCUCUGCGGACUCGGGAGUUGUUACCUAGGCGCCGAUCUGGAGAAGGUAGUUCAUUUUGCAUUGUACAAUACACAGGAGAAAUGUAUCGGCUAAAUGCCCAUGAUAUAAAGAGGCAGAAUCAUUCCACAAUUAUGGAGAAUGAAUCAAGCACAACUUCUUCCACAAGCACAACAACCAUUGCUACUACAUCUUCCCCCUCCCGUACACAACCACCCCAGAUAUCUGUCUACAGUGGCUCAGAUCGACAUGCUGUGCAGGUCAUUCAGCAGGCCUUGCAUCGUCCCCCCAGCUCAGCUGCACAAUACCUUCAGCAGAUGUAUGCAGCUCAGCAGCAGCAUCUGAUGUUACAAACUGCAGCUUUACAACAGCAACAUUUGAGCAGUACUCCGUUCCAGAGUUUGGCCAGUGUCCCACAGGCAAAUCUUUCAGGUGGGAGGCAGUGUGCUUCUCCUAAUGGCAGUGUCACACAGCAGUCCAGCAUGUCAGAAACCUCGAUUAAUCUUUCUGCUUCUCCUACACCUGCACAGCUAAUAAGCCGUUCACAGACCUCCAACACUGGUAGCAGCAGUCUUACACAGCAGACCAUGCUGUUAGGGGGCACUUCUCCUAAUCUGACUGCCAGUCAGGCUCAGAUGUAUCUCCGAGCUCAGAUGCUGAUUUUUACGCCUGCUACCACUGUGGCGGCUGUCCAGUCUGACAUUCCUGUUGUGUCGUCAUCAUCUUCGUUUCCCUGUCAGUCUGCAGCUACUCAGGUCCAGAAUUUGACUUUGCGGAGUCAGAAGCUGGGUGUAUUGUCUGCUUCUCAAAAUGGAACACCCAAGAGCUCUUGUCAACCCCAGACAUUAGCUGUGUGUCCUAGCAAAUCUGUAACCAGUGCCAAAGCCAGCCAAUCAGAUCUAGAAAGCAGAAGGAAAGGAGACAGCCCAAAUGCUGAGCCUCGAAGUCCAGCUGUUACCCGUACGUCAAGUAUUCAUCAGUUAAUGGCACCAGCCUCAUAUUCUCCGAUGCACGCUCAUUCCCUGUUAAAACAUCAGCAGCCCCCUCUUCACUCACCACCUUCCAAGCUCUCUCACCAUCAGCUCAUCUUUCAGCAGCAGCAAGUCCAACCAAUCACACUCCAGCAGCCUCCCAGCCACGAAGCCACUCCGUUCCAGCACUGUACCCCCCUUCAGAGCCAUCCUCUGACUCCAGAACCUGCCAUUGCCCCAUCCCAACAUUGUACUCCUGUCCAUGCCCACCCUCCUCCACUGUCUCCAACCCCAACCCCAUCCCCACAACAAUCCGUUGUGGUAUCCCCACUACCGCCUACUUCGCCCAGCCAGUCCCCAAGUAUAAUUAUCCACCCCCAAACUCUUAUUCAGUCCCAUCCACUAACAUCGUCCACACUCCAGUCCGAACAUAACCCCAUGCAAGCUGACCACAGUUCAACAGAAUCAGCAUCACAGUCCACCGCUCUUCCUCCCCAGCUGUCCCCGUCCCCAGUAGUCCAUGUGGGACCAGCAGAUCACCCUUCCGUGCUGUCUCCCAGCCAGCAGAUAUCAUUGCCAUCAUCUCACCAACAGUACCCAACUUUGCAGCCAGCGCCAGUUCCACUUUCAACUUCACAGUUGCCCUCAACUCUAGCCCACCCUCAGCAGAUGCCCCUUCCUCCUGUUCCGUCUUUGCCAGUCCAGCCUGAACUUUUGUCCCAAGAUCAGGUUUUGGUACAAAAUACCUUAGUUUCUGAAGAGGAGCUUCCUGCUGCUGAAGCUUUGGUCCCGCUGCCGCUUCAGACUCUUCCGCCUCCCCAAACAGUUGCAGUAAACCUCCAAGUGCAACAAGCAGCACCUAUUGAGACCCCAGUGCUUUAUCAGGAGCAAGAUAUAUGUGAAGAUGAGAUGCCUGAGGACUCAGAUGGUACCCGUAUGGUUAGGACUCCCACCCCACCAACGCUGUCACCACCAGCUAUAACUUUAAGAAGCAGAGAAGAGCUUACUUAUGAAGACUCUUUUCCAGAACAAGAGGGACAUUCUUCAAUGGCUUCAUCAGUCAGCGCAUCUGUAAUUAAAUCACCAUCAGACCCUUCACAUGCCUCUAUUCCACAGCCACCUCUUUUGCUCCCAGCAAUUGCAACAAGGACUAACAGCGCAUCAGUGUCCAAUAGAAACCCUAGUAUAGAAAACAAACUUCCACAGGCUAUCGUUAAACCACAAAUCCUGACUCAUGUUAUUGAGGGCUUUGUGAUCCAAGAGGGUUUAGAACCAUUUCCUGUAAGUUGCUCAUCUCUUCUGACUGACGAGCCUGCAAAAAAGAGACUCUUGUUGGAGGAGCAAGUUGUGAAUAUUAUGUGUGUCGAACCAGAGCUUCAGAACAAUGCAAAACUUGCAGAGAAUUCCUCGGACACUGAGCUGGAGGACAUAAUUACUGAAGAGGGACUAGAUGAGAUGGAAACAGAUCUCCUCAAGUGUGAAUUUUGUGGGAAAAUGGGGUAUGCGAACAAAUUCCUGAGGUCAAAACGGUUCUGCACCAUGUCCUGUGCUAAGAGGUAUAAUGUAAGUUGCGGUAAGAAAUUUCGAUUAUACACAUCAGACAAGAGCAACCGUUGGAGCAGCCGUAGUCCAGAUAACCCAGGUCUUGGGCAGCGAGGGAGGCGGCCAAGUGGCUCUGAUGGAGCUCCAAGGGAACACUUCCUUAGACAGCUACCAAUUACUUAUCCAUCUGCAGAAGAAGACGUGGCCUCUCAGGAAGACAACGUGCCGGUUGCCAUGACCACUCGCCUGCGGAGGCAAAGUGAGAGAGAAAGGGAGCGUGAGCUUAGGGAACUGAGAAUUCGGAAAACAGCCGACAACAUGGAUUUGUUGCCAGCCAUGCAGUCGGUCCCAUCAGGGUGGACUGUUGAAGAUGUCUGGGCGUUCAUUCAUUCUUUACCCGGUUGUCAAGAUAUUGCUGAUGAAUUUCGAGCCCAAGAGAUUGAUGGGCAGGCUCUUCUCUUAUUAAAAGAGGAUCAUCUCAUGAGUGCAAUGAAUAUUAAGCUAGGACCUGCACUAAAAAUCUGUGCACGGAUCAACUCUCUGAAGGAAUUGUAGUGGAAAACCAAGGCUUAAACCACAGUUUUAAAUUGACUUGUAAAGUAAUAAGCCAACAUCUCAGUGUUUGAUGCAACUAUUACUGCUCUGCUUUGCUUUGCUUUGCUAAGCAUUUUUUUCCACAUUAAAAACUGUUGGAGGAACAUUUUUAAUAUGAACUUCCAAACUUUCCAGCUGUUCAGGAAGCAUACGCUGGGUUGGUUUAAAAUGAUUUAGUCAAAACCUGAGUGAGGUAGAGUCAGUGGGAAGCUCUAAGAAGUGUAUGUAAUAUGUUAUGGGUGAUGCUUAUUCCAAAAAAGGCAAUUACAAGAUUUAAGCUUCUUUUGAAUAUAUAACCUUGAUUAUAGUUUUACAUUGUGUUUCUAUACACUUUUUUCCUUUAUAGAAAGCUUUUACAAAUACGGAUUAACAGAAGAGUCCACAGAGUCUGUGGAAGCAUUGACUAUGGUAAAAUGCUAUGCAUUUAAUUGUGCUCAUUGGAUUUCAGUUAAUCUUGAGCCUAUGGUUUGAAGAGAACCUGUAGUUCACCUUCUCUUCUUUCUUAAUCCUGCAGCUCACCCACCGUGGUACCAUUUCCUUUAAGUGUGGAAGCUUUUCUGUAAACACGUGAGAUAUUUUGGGAAUUCUGCAAACCUUCCUCCAUUAGAAAUUUUGAUCUUACAGAUUACAUGUGCCCUCCUUGCCAGUUUAAGCAGAACCCCCAUCAAUGUUUAGUUCCCCCCCCCCUUAAAUUAGUCAAUGGGGAGGCAUGAAUGGGUGGAGCUUCAUAGUGAGUAUGAUGCAUGCAGUAGCAUAGCUGCAGGGCAGUUUCUAGUUAACAAAAGCACAUACAUUAUCUCUUUGUAUGGCGCUAUGUACUGAAGGGGGCAUUAUGUUACUGUCUUUUUCCCUUUGUUGCUGGUUAAUGUAGACCAAAGGAGUUGAUGCUCAUCUCUCCAAUCCCUAGAGUAGAGGCACACCUUCAUCCAUAUGCUAGUGUGCAGCUCUGAUAGAGUAGUUUUUAACGAAGUAAAAUGGCUACUAUGCUUUGUUUACAUCUGUCUUUUGUGUCUUUUCCUUCCUUCCUACCUUCCUUCCUUCCUUCCUUCCUUCCCUCCCUCCCUCCCUCCCUCCCUCCCUCCCUGAAUGCUGUUAGGGAUGUUAUUGGAAGAAGCACAGGUUGAAAUUACAUUGGUUUCAGCUUUAACAUUUUCUCACAGCCCAGUGUUAUCUGCGAAAACUACUCAUCACAGUGAUGAGGAUCCUAAAUUAAUUGGCACCAAAGUAUUAUUAGCAAGUGAUCAGAUGUUUGCCCUCUGCAUCUGCUUAAUAUUUUGCACUAUAAACCAAAAGAUCUAGUUGCCAUGAUAGGGCUUGGUCGGCCAGGCACAUUAAUAUUUUUCCUUGUGUAAGAUAACACUGAGAAAGGUUACCUUUAUAGUAGAAAAGAAAUUCCUUGUAGCAGAUUUCUUCCAAUUCAGAACUCCCCAGGGAACUACAAUUCCCAUCAGCCCUAGCUAAGAUGACCAGGCUAAGAGAAGCCUUCAUGUAAUUGAAUGUAAAUCUUCCAUAAGGUCUCAUAAGGUCUGUAUUCAUUUCCGAUGUAGGUAGACUUCAGUAUAAUAUAAUUAAUGCAGAUUUGUUUCUUGUGAAGAACUUACAGAAAGCUACUGUAUUUAAUUUCUUGGUACUAGCAAAGAUACCUGGUUAUGGUUAUUCCACUGAAGGAAUCUGUCAAAAUACGGUAGAUAAAGGGUGAUUUUUCAUUUAUUUCCUCCCUGCCUAUCUGCAGUCCUAACAUUGCAAAGCUGUAAGACCCCAAAAAUCAGUCUGGACAGGGAGCAAAUAGUCACUCUGCUCACGCAUCUUUCACUCUCAUAGAAGGUCAGUCAUUAGGAACUAUAUGGGUAUCAUCCUGUGUAUGAUAAAUGAUAAAGUUAGAGAAUUGUUAGAUAAUAAUGUUUAUUAUCUCUAUUGAUUGACAGGUAUUUGGAGCUAGCAAGAGCACUUAAGACUUUAACAACGUUCUAUUGAUUUCAUAUCUGGUAUUUUGAAGUGCUUUCAGAAGGAUUCUUAGCUGUUUAUGUUAACUAUUGACAGAUGAAUAUUGAAGGUUAUUGGAAGCUCAAAGUAAUCCAUUUGAAGGUUAUUGGAAGCUCAAAGUAAUCCAUUUCUGUAUAAGUUAAGAAAGUUAACUGCUAUUGUUAAAACAUGCCCAUGGAGGAAAAAAUCAAAGAUAGUAUUGCAUUAUUCUCCAAUUCUCAACUUUUACUGUGAUUACAUUAUUCAUAUAGCAAGGCUUUGUGGCUAUAUAGCAAAAAGCUGAAAAUUUGUUUUUAGCCAAGCAAAGAUUGUGAGCAACACAUUGGAAAUAAAGAUAGCUUUGUGAAGGGAACUUAUGCCAAAGCAGAAUUACAAACUUGGCUUUGUAUGUUCAACUUUCAAACAAAAAUAGGUCAAGUCACUUCAGUCCCAUUCACGCUAAAGAAUUUAAGGGUGGAGUCCUCCAAAGGACUAAUUUACGAGUCCUACAUGCUGAUUUGUAAAUCACUUUUAGCAAACAAUUUCAAUUUUAACUGAGUUGAAUAUCAGGUUGACUUAUUUUUGUGAGUGACUUUUCUUUGAAUGUUUAUCUUUGAAAUAUUUAAAUGCUGCAGCAUUUUUUUUUAUAUUCUGUAGUUAUUGGCAGGGCACAGUUUCAUAUUCAUAAUAGUAUGAUAAGUAUUAUAUGUUUUAUCUCAAACGCAUACUUGACUUUCAUUAGCUGCAUAGUGUAUAAUCUUAACAGUAAUUUUCUAAAGAGGAUUAUAGUAUUACUUUUAUGUAGUCAGCAGUAGUAUUGUUCCUCUGAAAAACACAGGAUAUGAAGAGAAGCACAAAGGAUUCUCUCCGUCAGAGAAAAAUGGAUUUUGUUCUAGCUUAAUCCCCAAGAAACCAGUUUGACAUGGGCAGUGUCUGUGAUUGCAAGGAACUGCUGAAAGAACAAAAGCAUUACUAUUCAGAUGAGUGGCAUCUGGAUGAUUUAAUAGACAUGCUUCCUUCCUCUUGCAUUGGGGUAGUAUUUUUGUAAGAUACUGAGGACCCUAUAGGUCAGGGGUCGGCAACUUUGGCUCUUUUAUGACUCGUGGACUUCAACUCCCAGAAUUCCUGAGCCAGCCAUGCUAAGGGGAAAGGGCAAGAUUUCCAAGCUGAGCCAUGCUGGCUAGGAAUUCUGGGAA